AUGGCUAUGGCAUUCGAUCGAGACACCUUCAAGUGGGAAAAUAGAGACAAACCGACUGCAUGGCUCCUUCUACAACGUCGAAGGAUGGACGCCGCUUGGCCGUUUCUGACAACCAGAGAACAGAUUGACAAAAUUCUAGGAUUGUGUAACGGCGAUAUAGAACAUGCUGUUCAAUCGCGAAUUAGAGAUCACUCAGACUUCGAAAGUUUUAUGAUUAUCUUUGAAGAAGUAAUAACGGAUACUUCGAUAGGGAAGAACCUCCUAAGGUCGAAAGAGUAUCGUAAUAAUCACUUUUCUAGCAAGGAAAAGACACUAAGCUCUAGAGAGUAUAAGACAACCGAACAUCCGAAACCACAAGAGUCCGGGAAAUAUAGAGAUUAUAAACAGAAUAGACCUAUGGGAAGCGGCCCAGCGAAAGUAUCGUUUAAAGACGACAAUCGAAUCAAUAGAUUCGAGAAAAAAUCGAUUAAUGCGGUAGAAAACGAAGAGGAUGACGGGAACAUUGAUAUGACGAAUACGCAUCAAAGCUACGAAGACUUACAACCAGUAUUGAUCACCACAGAGGAGGAAGCACCAGUACAGGCUCCAACCUUAUCGAUAACCGAGCUAGCUGAAAACUUGAGAGUAGCUGAGCAGACGACAAAUCAUAUUAGUCCACCACCAUUUAUAGAACGUUUAAUUUUCAACAAUUCAGAAAGCAGAACUUUUAUCGCAAUUAGCAUGUCGGGCGUUGUUAGUAAUAUGCUCUUGAAUACAGGAAUUGAGCCAUCAGUAGCGUCGACAAAAGUACUAAAAAAGUACUGGCCAACGUGGCAAGCGGAUACAAAAACGAUGGACGAGAAUAACACUUACGCCAACGAUUCAGAAGUAUUAGGAGAAAUAGGGAGAAAUAUCUCUACCGAUUAA